AUGCUGUCUCACGCCGACCUCCUGGACGCCAGGCUAGGUAUGAAAGAUGCCGCCGAGCUUCUGGGCCACCGGGAGGCGGUGAAGUGUAGGCUGGGCGUAGGUGGCUCUGACCCCGGGGGCCACCCGGGGGAUCUAGCGCCCAGCUCCGACCCAGUCGAGGGAGCCACCCUGCUGCCCGGGGAGGACAUCACCACAGUGGGCUCUACGCCGGCCUCGCUGGCGGUGAGCGCAAAGGACCCGGACAAGCAGCCGGGGCCCCAGGGCGGCCCGAACCCCAGCCAAGCCGGUCAGCAGCAGGGCCAACAGAAGCAGAAGCGCCAUCGGACGCGCUUCACCCCCGCUCAGCUCAACGAGCUGGAGAGGAGCUUCGCCAAGACUCACUACCCCGACAUCUUCAUGCGCGAGGAGCUGGCCCUUCGUAUCGGGCUGACCGAGUCCCGAGUGCAGGUCUGGUUCCAGAACCGGCGCGCUAAGUGGAAGAAGCGCAAGAAGACCACCAACGUGUUUCGCGCGCCGGGCACGCUGCUGCCCACGCCAGGCCUGCCCCAGUUCCCGUCGGCUGCCGCCGCCGCCGCCGCCGCCAUGGGCGACAGCCUGUGCUCUUUCCAUGCCAACGACACCCGCUGGGCGGCGGCCGCCAUGCCGGGCGUGUCGCAGCUGCCGCUGCCGCCGGCGCUGGGCCGGCAGCAAGCCAUGGCGCAGUCGCUGUCCCAGUGCAGCCUGGCGGCCGGGCCGCCGCCCAACUCCAUGGGCCUGUCCAACAGCUUGGCGGGCUCCAACGGCGCGGGGCUGCAGUCCCACCUCUACCAGCCCGCCUUCCCCGGCAUGGUGCCCGCCUCCCUCCCCGGCCCCAGCAACGUCUCCGGCUCGCCCCAACUCUGCAGCUCCCCGGACAGCAGCGACGUGUGGCGGGGCACGAGCAUCGCCUCCCUCCGCCGCAAGGCGCUAGAGCACACAGUCUCCAUGAGCUUCACUUAA